GUCAGUAGCCGGUCGAUGUUUGUCUCUGAUUCAUUUUUAAUCCCCGCCACUAUAAUUUAUAUUAUUGCGCUUCCUUAUACUUAAUAUACAAUCACAAUAAUUACGAUCGAAGAAAUUAUCGUUUUCGAAAAUCAUUUCAAUAAUAGGUAGGUACUUACUGAAACGCCAUAAGUUUGUCUGUAGACACAAUGUGUGCACGUUGUUAUUUCGACUCAAGUGACCAAACUACUAGAUCGACUUUAUAAUACUUCGUAUCUUAGGUCAUUAUUCAUCUAAAAUGAUGAACUUAAUUGUGUUACCAUUGAUUUUGGUGUUAAUGUUUAUUGUUUCGAUUUUGUUGUUUAUAAAAUGUUUCUGUGUUCGGAGAUCCGAAGAACAUUAUCGAAUGUGUGCUAAACUCCCGUCUAUGCCCCGUGGUUACAUAGCCGAUUUGAAAUUGGGUUUUCGGCACGCUACGCUUAACCCCAAAGGUUGGUAUAUAAUUUUUGUUUAAAAAUCAAAAACAAAAAAACUAUUUACAUUAUAUUUAUAUCUAUAACCUAUACUUUUGUAAUAAUACUCAUAUUGAUAUUCGAUAUUUAUUUUUCGUAUUUAUUUUUAUACAUAACAUAACAAUAAGUUAGAUACAUGUUUGCACAGCUCCCCUUUCAAAAAAAUAAUUGCUUGUGCUGAUGGGUAAGAUUAGGUUAUUAAUAAGAAAAUAUAUAUUUAUAUUUAUACAUUUAUUAAUAUAAAUGUACCUGUACUUAAUAAAAUAUUUAUCGCAAUAAUAAUCACGAAUCAGAAAAAAUUUGGUUGGAAUCAUGUUUAGUUAAAAAUUAAGUCGGAAUUUAUUAUUACCUACAAAUAUUAUAUCAGAUUUUAACAUUCUCAGUUUCCCCGCAUCAGCAGAAAUUUAUUUCGAACAUGUGUUAUCAUAAGUUAGGUAGGUAGUUAGUAGUUACAUUUCCGACUAAAUAAUUUUGAAUGGCAUAUUUUCAUAAGUUCCUAUAUUAAGUUCCUUACAUAAUUAAGUAUCUACAUACUAUAAUAACUAUUCUGAUCGAAGCAUAGGAAUUUUUAAAUGUUUUUAGGAAGUUUAUAUUAAGUACUCACUCGUAUUAGUUUUACGUUCUUAUGUAUGUUAUUUCAAGUCUUAACAUAUAGAUUAUAGGUACCUAUAUCUAGUGAUGUAGUCGUACAUUUUUAAGUGAGUAUACGUUUAAAUGUGUUUGAUAAGUAAUUUUUAGAAAAAUUUACUAAAGAUUUAUAUAGAUAAACAUUGAAUACUUAUAGUUUUUCAAAGUCAAAAUUAAACAGUUUAAUAAUAAUUACUUGAUUUAUUUUGGAAAAAUAUGAUAAUAAUGUUCUAUGUUUAUUUUUUUCUGUUUCCAUAUUUGACAUUAUUUUACAUAAAACAAAUUAGUUUUUACUUUAAAAUCACAUUAGGUUACAAUUUUUAAUAAAUUUAAAAUAUUUGAUUUAAAACUAUAUAAAAUUUAAAUUUCUUACUAUUUUGAAUACUAAGAGAUAAUAAAUAUAUAGGUAUAUUAAAUAAUUCGGUAGGCUUUAUACAUUUUUAUUAAUAUUUGUUUAAUGUUGUACCGAUUUUCUUACGUGUUUUCCGGUUUUUCCAUGUUUUUCCCGGUUUUUUACAUUUGCUGGGAAAACUCUUUGGAAAAUCGAAAAAUGACUUCAUUACAGUAUCUUCCCUGUUAAAUUUUCUUUCAGAAAAAUUGAUACCAUUAUAAACCAGAGCCAAAUUAAUUGUAGAAAAGUUGUGCACAGAAAAAAAAACCAUAAUAUUUUAGUAAUACAUUUCGUACAUUUUCCCGUUUUUCCUCUGUUUUUUUUUUUUGGUUUUUCACUUUAGAUGAAAAAAUUCUUGAGAAAAACAAAAAAUGAUUUUCUUAAAGUAUCACCCUACAACGAUUUCCUUUCAAAAAAGAUGCUACAUUUAAAUAACUGAGCAAUAUUUCUAGUAAAAAAGUUGUUCACUGAUGAAAAAAAAAAUAAAUAAGCCUCUUGUACUUUAUAUUUAUCUUCUUUGUAAAACCAUAAACUUCUUCGCUCCACUCAGAAUCUAAAAUGACUAUACAACACACGUCAACACAAGAUACGUAGUUGCACCUUUGCACUGGUCACUGCCUCACUGGUAGUGGUGCUAUGUAGCAUUUCAGUUACAUUCUCGAUUAAAGAUAUCGUGGUUACAUGUGUCCAAUUUUCCAACAAUGUUUAUAAAUAACUAUGACCUACUAGAACCAUAGAUGAACUCUAAUAUGUAACAUCUUCGGUUUCGAUUAUGGAAACUGAUAACUGAUAAGGUUUGUUCAACAUUUUUAUUUAUCAAUUAAAUAUUAUUUGUCAAAUUGGUAGAUUUAUGUAAUAAAUGCAUCCGUAUAUACGCUUAACAAUUAUCAUUCUUAAAAUAUACGCAACAACAGAAAAACAGAAAAGUGGGUAACGCCGCAUACCCGCGUAUACGCUCUACUACACCACUGUCUAUAUCAUUGGUACGUCAUUAACAGGUAGUACAUAAUAAUACCUAGUAUAUAAUUGCUUAAUCAAAUAAUUUGUGAAAAAACACAAAGCGUUGAUUUAUGGUUGACCAACUAUUUAAAUUUCAAUUUCAUGUGAGAGGGCAUUGCCAUAAUAUAAUCUUGUAUUACAAUUCAGAAAAUAUUGAACUAUUGUUCAAUUUAAAAUGGCAUGUCUGGAUGUCUGCGAUCUGUUUAAUAUAAUAGCUCCAUAUAAAUAGAAUAAUUUAAUGAUAUAACUACGAGUACCUAUCUAACAUAAUACAAUUCCAGUAUUUAUUGUUAUAAGUUGUGUAUUUCUAUCUUUGUUCUUUUUGUAAAAAAAAAAUGAUAAACAUAAUAUUUUUGAAAAUUUUCAAUAAUUCUCAUGGAACAAUUUUAAUAAGUACUUAAAAUUAAAUAUAUAGGUAGGUAUAGACGGUAAAUUAUUAAUUUCGUAGUUUGAUGCCUUUAAAAAUUGAAGUACCUAAGUAAUUACCUACACUAAUUUCUACAAAUAACUUUAACAGUUAGUUGUACAAAUAAAUAUAAUAUGAAUAUUUAAAAUGUAAUUAUAUUACCCUAUAUAGCAAGGCGGCGGAGAUGUGAAGGAUUUAUACUAAAACUUACUUUAUAUUACAUUUUACAAUUAUAUACAAUAAAUUAGGCAAGUAAAAUCACUUCAGCCAAUAUAUUAUAUUAUGUACGUACCUUUGUACAGGUAACUAUUAAAAUUAUUUUAAAUAAUAAUGUCUUUUUAAUGUUAUUUUUAAAUUAAAUAAUAUCCAACUUAUUAGUAACAAAUUGCUAAUUACAAUUUCUAAUAGGUACGUAAAUUUCAUUUUAAGCUUAAUUAAAUAUGGAAGAGAACUUCUAUCAAUAAAAUGUUUGGACUUUCUCUAAAUUAAUAAUGAUAAUAUGUUUUGUGUUAAAUAUUGUAUAUUGUUUAUUUUAUUUUUAUAAUAUUCUAAAAAUAUAUUCUAAUAAUACCGUUAAAAAAUUGAUACUUACUAGAGUUGCAAUCAUUAAGUAAAUUGAAAAUUAUAUUAUACAUUACAAUAUUAUAAUUAUUAUUAUUAUCACACAAAUGACGCUCUUCUUCUCUUCCCUAUCCAAAUUCAAAAGUGGAAUAUCUCAUAUACGGAUUGAUGGAAAAUAAAAAUGUCAAAUACUCCGUCUAUUUGUGGAACUUUUUAUUUAGGUUUUCAUUUGAUAAUCAAAAAUAGAUAAUCGGUUCACUCCCAAAAAUAAGGGUGCCAAAAACCGAAAAAUGUGCAAACCAUGGUUGUCCUAUUGUACAAAAAAUUUACUUCUUUGUCAAGAUAUAUGUGUUUCAAUAUUUAACAAAUGAAAACAAAUGGGGUAAAUCGGAUAUAAGUAGUAUACCUAGGGCAAAUAAGUAUUAAAUGCCGAGUAUCAAAUACCGAGCAUUCGGAUUACCAAUCCAGAUUGAAACAAACAUUGCAAUCCGUUGAAUCCGAAUUAUGUUAACAAUAUUAUUUAUUAUUUUAAUUUAAUAAUUCAAUUAAUUAUUUCUAUUUUUUCAAUCUAAAGAUGAAUAAUGAUAAUAAAAGAAUAUACCCGAUUAUCUCAAAAACAGUGCAGACACGGCAAUUAUACAUUUAUACAAUUAUAUUUAACAUAAUAGAUAUUCCAAAUUGUCGCAUUUUAUGAUAUCUACUAUCUAUAGUUUCUAAUUUGUUAGUAGUCCAUUUUAGAUAAAUGAACGGAUUGGAUCGGAAAAUCCUGAUAAAAUCAAUUGAUAUAAAAUUCACAUUAAUUAACAGUAAAUUUUAAUCUGGAAUUCGGAUUGGUCAAAAUAUUGCUCGAAGCACUAGUGCAAAUUUACUCUAGUCCAAGGUUAAAGAAAAUAUAAUAGAGACUGUUGAAAAUUCAGAAUUAAACUCAGAUUUAAGUAUUAAUCGACGUGACCCGGUCCCUAGAUUAUGGACCCGGUCCGCUAUACGUUGUAAAAAUAAUUUAUUCCUAUGGUAUUAAAUGAAAUUAAACCAGGCAUAACAUGAUAAGUAUAGAUUUUUCAUAAUAUUUUCAAUCGUAAACUAUAGAAAAACUCCAUUGAUUCGAAAAUUAACGUGGGCCCAUGCUCAAAUCAUUGAAGUUGACAAAACAAAGGAAUUGAAUUAAGGUAAAAAGUGCUACAAGUCUAUUUUAGAGACAGUUUAAAAAAGAAUAGUGGUGGUUAAUAAAUUCAAUUUGUAUGUGAAAAAUAUAAUAACGUGACGUAAAGGGUAAAACUAAUAAAUAUUUUUUUAAAUUAAUUUUAAUUUUUGACGAAGAAAUUCUAGAAUAUUAAAAUGUGUGCGGAUAGCAUAUACUUAACAAAAUUAAUUUACGAUAUAGAUAGCAUACUUAACGAGUAGGUGCCUUAUUAUUAGUUAGAGAAAGUCACAAAAUAUAUCUGGCUAUCUGAGGUACAAUUAUGUCAUAAUGAUUAUGCACCCUAGGUCUAAUAAAAUAAUAUGAUCUUCAAAAUUUGAAAUAGCUACAUAGAUUUAUUUCUACUUUCAAAACUAAUAGCGCGGUAUUUAUAGAAUUUUAUUGCAUUUUAAUGGGAAUUUAACAGCUUUAAUGAGUUAGUGAAGUAAAGUUCUGUACCUAUAUUUUGUUAUUUUUAUUAUUUUAUUAGGUACUUAGGUAGUUUUUGUAUUUUAAUUACAAAUAUUUCUUUUCACAAAUGUCCGAGUAAGUAGAAUUGUUUGUAAUAUCACAUGUAAGUGAUAAAAGGUUCAUGAUAUUACUUUCAAUAAUUGAAUUAGGUAGGUAUAUUUCACUCAUUAAUUUUAUAACAUUUAUUAUAUUAUAUUAAUAUUAGAUAUCUACUAGAUGUAUCGCUGAAACUUUCAAUGGUAAAUAGCUAUAAUAUGUUUAUCUGAUCGGGUAAAUAAUUAUUUUUGUAUACUUUAUCCCUUUUUUUUAAGGGUAGUUAUUAUAAUUAUAAUUAUCAAAAUUUAUGAUUUAACAAUAAUGUCAAAUAUGUUUGUUGUUCCGUGUUGUUUGUAAGUUAGAGUACGUAAGUGAUCAAUCACGUUUCGUGUUUUCAAUAUUUAUAGGGUACUUAACAGUUUGAUAAUUUUUUUACUAAGAAUAUUUUAAUUGCACACCUAGGUAUUAUCCAUAACCUAUACCUACAGACGGUUAAAAAUUAAAAAUCUGCUGUAAAAUUGCUCUUUUUAGCAAUUACCUUCCUACUUUGAUUAUUUCAAUUACAUAAGAACUAAGCAGUAAUUUACGUGUUUUAUAUUUGAUUUUACUGAAGCCGGUUGCUAUCUACCCCACAAAUUAACCUAUAUAAAUAUCUUUGUACAAAUUAUACAAGAAUAAACUUACUUAACUGAUAUUAUGUCAGUGACAUAUCAACACACAACCUAAAUAAUUGUGAAUAGAAACUUGACAUUUUCCAUAGAGGUUCCUUAUAUUAUAAUAGUAGGCAACCACUAAGAAUUAAUUUUUAAUUAAUGUUUUGACUACUUAGUACAAUUUAUAAUGAAUCUCGUGUUAAAUUUUCAAAAAUUUAUGUUUAACCAAACGAUUUUGUUUCAUUUUAUGUGAAUAAAAACCAAAUAAAAAUUUAAAAUAACUAGGAAAUAUCAAAUACCUAUAAAUACUUCAAAAAUCGACAAUAUUUUUUGAAAAUUUUACUAUGUCCAAAAUUCCUAACUUUAAGUCUACGAUUAUUUUAAAUCAAAAACAAUGAAAACCGUAAAUUACAGGAACAUUCAAAAAAUGAUUAUAUUCAAUACACCAACUAGAUCUAAAAUUUAAUUUCAUAAUAUUUCUAUAUAAAAAUUGAAUUUAAUUUGUAAUUGUAAACCCAUUUGGCACUUUUUAUAUUGUAUCAUAUUAUGAAAUAAAUAGAUAAAUAAUUUACAAUGAAAAUAAAAAAAAUAUUAUGCUCAUAAGAAUAUGUAAUACAUAGUAUUACAUCGACCUUGCACAUGUUUAAGAAUUUAUUUUCGUACAAAUUUAUUGUUUUAAUACCUAUUGGUAAUUUAAUUAUUGUAGUCACAUCUUAUUGAAUGUUAUUUUUAUAAUACCUACCUAUACUUCCUGUAAAUCAUAACAAUGCCUAAUAUCGUUAUUAAUACACGUCUCUGUAGAUUAGUAAAAAUAAUAUAAUAGGUAUUUAUAGCUGUGUAAUAGUAAAUGUCAAUCCACCAACCUACUUGUUAAUAACAUGAAUAAUUGCUGGUUUAUUGUGAUACCUAAUAUAUUGUAUUCCUUAAUUCAGAAUAAUCUUAAUAAGAUGUUAUAACCCCAUGUGCUUUCUUAGUCCAACUAACGGACAAUAUAGUAAAAUUUAUGUUACGCAGACCACGUAGAAUUUGCUUUAUUUCAGUUUUAGAGAAAAGUACCUAAAUAUUAUAAAAUGAAAAGAAGACAAUAUUCCGCCAUUUUCUUGGUCACCAACUAGAUAACAAAUUCAACAAAAUAGAUCUUUUGUUGUUUUUCUAUUGAAGUAAUAUUUUUGGUGGAAAAUAUAAGCCAGACAAGUUUAAAAUAAUUUAAUCGUUGUGCUAUAAUUAAAAAAAAAAAACGUAUUUUUGUCUUUUUUGUUUGUUCUUGUUUUUCUCAAUUAUUAUGAAAAAGGAUGGUCAUACUUCGCAUGUGAGUGUAGCCACUGUUGUAGGUGGAAUGUAGGAAAGGUAGGAUACAGACAGGAAUUUAAUGUAUAUCUGUAAUCAACGAUAUUUCAUUGCUAAUGAAAAAACGAUUCAGAGUCGAGUUUAAUUGAUAAUGUUGCUUUGUCAACAAUACUAUACAUGGUAUUAUAAUAUCAUAUUAUGGUAAAAUAAUUAAAACAAUGCGCGUUUCCAUGACAACAAUUAUUGUUUAAAAAAGUUAAAAAUAAUAAAAACUUAAUAAUAACAAAAAAUAAACAAAAACGCUUACCAAUGAUAACCUUAUUUUUAAUCUUUCAAUAUUUUUUAACCUAAAGACCGAGGUUUUCCUCAUUAUCUUAAAUAUUUAUGAGAAUUUCAAAAAUGACCUUUCUAUAGUAUCACCCAGAGAAAAUUUCCUUUCAGAAAAUGUGCUUUACUUGAUAAUCGGAGUAUGCUUUCUGGUCAAAAAAGUGUUCACAUAAAAAAAAAAAUAAAAACAAUAAAUAAUAAACAUCAUUGUAAAACCAUUAUAUUCCUCGUUCCACUCAGAAACUAAAAUACUUUGGAUAUUAAAAAACGACUUUCUCUGUUAGUGACGGUAACGCUGCGGCACACAGCGUGUAAUAAAUAUUUGCCGUUUUACCUAUAAUUUUCUUUCGGGGUUUUCCUAUUUAUUUCGAAAACCCUAUAGAAAAUCAUAAAAUGAUCUUUCUAACGCACCAGCUAUAAAAUUCAAUAAAAUUAAUUUUUAGAAAAAAUAUACUAUAAUAUAUACAUUGAAGAAAGAUUUUUUUUCGAAAAGUUGUUGACAGACAGAAAAAUUAAAUUAAAAAAAAUACACAUCAUAGUAAAACCAAUAGAUCCUUCAUUACGCUCCGAAUCUUAAAAAAAACGAACAAGUAUUAAUGGAAGAAAAAACGAAGAAAAACAUGUGAAACCAAUUGAUUUCUAAAUAAAUAAACAUUUGUAUAAAUACUAUUAGCAUUGAUUUUAAAAUGUGUGUACAUGUGGUAAAUUAGUAAUUUAUACAUUUUAUGUUUGGUGAUUUUAGUUUCGACUAAACGACAAAUCUGUUUUUAUAUUUUGGAUUCCCUAGUUUUAUCUAAUUUAGACAAAUAUUAUCCAUUUUAUAUACUAUAAACUAUCACUUUAAACUCCAACCCUUACCAUUAUUAACUAUUGUAUUCAAAUUUCACAAUUUGUUUAGAAAUACUUACAUAUAAGGUUAUUAUUUAUUGUUUAAAAAUUAUAUUUAUAUAAUACGAAAUAGGCGUGAAAACAUUUGAUUCUAUUAACGAGUAACGGAGCGUGAAAUUAAAUUCCCUUCCUAAUUAUUUUCAUUUUGUCGAAAAAAUAUCUAAUUUUACUUACAACAUUGAUGAAUGAAUGAUUCAUUUAUAUAUAUAUAUUUUAUAUACAUACAGAGUGAUUUUUUUAUUAUAAAUCAGCCAUUAUCUUGGAGGAUUUUAAGUUAAUUUGAUUCUGUUUUUUCUAAUCAUUGUAGCAUCGUUUAAACUUUAUUUUUAAAACCAUUUUUAAUUGUAAUAAAUUGCCUAUCAAUAACCCUUUCUUAUUCCUCCGGUCUAAACUUUAAACUGUUAUAACUCAUAAACGGUGUAUCUGAUAUUAGUGUUUUGUAUAUUAAAAUUUUUAGAAAAAUAUUCUCUACUCAAAUUUGUGUUAAAAGUGGGUAGGGGUAAGAAUUUAAAAAUCAAAAAUAUGUACUUAUUUAAUGUAUAUGGAGUAGGGGUAAAUUUUAAAAAUGGUUUUAAAAUAAAGCCCAAACGAUUCUAUAAUGAUUAAAAAAAAAACAGAAAUUAAAAUUCAUUUAAAAUUCUCUGAGAUAAUUGCUGGUUUAUGAUAAAAAGUCAUCCUUUAUAAUGAUAGUUAUUCUCAGGAUUCUAGAUUGGACAUUAUUUUUAAUUUGAAUAUAAUUCUUUUUGUGAUUUAUUUUGUUAAAUUAACUAUAAGUAGGGCAGGUAAUAUAGGUUAUCUAAUGUAAUUGUUUAUACUUAACUACCAAUAUACACUUAAGAUUUUUAUAAUAUGGCUUAGCUUUAUUUAGGUACCUGUUCCUUUUAAAUUCUAUUAUUGUUAGGUAUUAUUCAUUAUUAUGAAAUAUGAUUAAUCUAAUAUAAAUAAUAUGUUUUUUUUAGCAAUUUAAAAAUGAUAAAUUAAAAUAAUAAUAAUAUUGGUUUUAAUUACUUAUUAUUAAUUACUUAUUAUAUUAUGUUUAAAUUAUAUUUUUUUGGAUUUUUAGAUGUCCUACCAUAUUUUGCCAAAGUUCUAAAACAAUAUGGACCUAUGGUUUAUAUGAAUGUAUUGGGUCGUUCAUACGUUUUAUUAAACGAUCCAGACGAUAUAAAAGUAUUUAAAUAAUUGUUUUAUGUUUUACUAUUAUUAAUAAUAUUUACUGAAGUAUCAAAUUAAUAUGUUUACCAGGCUUUGUUAUCUAGUUCACAACAUAUAAACAAAGGACCUGAAUAUGGGAUGCUUAAGCCUUGGCUAAAUAAAGGGCUUCUAACAAGCGGAAGUACACAUUUUAAAAGCCAAUCAUAAUAUUUAAUAAUUAUUAAUAUAUUAUAUUUAAUCAUAACAAAUUAUACGUUUUUAUAAUACAGAUCAAAAAUGGCAUUCAAGAAGAAAGCUAUUAACAUACACAUUCCAUUUCAAAAUAUUAGAAACGUAUAUUCCCACGUUUAACAAACAUGCUAAACUAUUGACAAAAGAACUGGGAAAGAUGGUAUCUAGCGGUCAACGGGUGUCUCUUUAUUCUUACAUGACAUUAUGUGCUUUGGAUAUUAUUAGUGGUUAGUCCAGAAAUACAAUAAAUAUAACUUGAAACAAUUUUCACUUAUAAUUAGUAAAAUAUAUAAAAACACCCCGUCCAACUUAAGAUUAUACCCGACGACGGAUGUGCUCCCUUUCUCGGUUACCGGUACCGCUCAUCCACUCACCCGCCUAUCAUUCUCGCCACCGCCAAUAUACAUGGUAUACGACAUACGUAGAGAACAAUAUAUUGAUAACAUUUUGUUUUAACGGCCUUACCGCGUACACGUAUUUUCUCGCACAAAUGCUAUGUUUUAAUUUAAAUAAACGCUACAAUUUACGUUUUAAGUAAUGCAAUUUUUCUAUAACUCCCGUUAAUUUAAUUGAAACAGUAUAGGUUUGCAUGUAUAUUACGAUUUAUUUGGCGAUAGGUAUUAUAGACAUUUUAACUCACUGUAUACAUGACGGCGGUGAUGACGACGACAGCGCGUGGUGUACAGACUACAGAAUUAUGCGUAAACGGGUAUACUCUUAAGUUGGACAGGGUAUAGGUAAGUAACCUAUAAUUGUUUGUUUAGUAGUUUACUGAAUCAUAUGUAAAAAUAAAGGUUCCCCUAAAGGGACAAGUGCUGUAUUUCUAUAAGUACUCAGUCUUUUAUUAAAUCUGGCAAUUGGGGAAAGCUAUACCAUCCCGUUCCAACAUACAACAAAUCUAUUUCUUGUUUACCUUACUUACAAAUUACUCAAAGUUACGCUACUACUCACCUAUAUUGAUACAACUUUUAUGUAUUAGAAACAAUAAUGGGAACUGAAUUGCGAUCCCAAGAGGGCAGAUCUAUGGAAUAUGUUAAAGCUAUUUAUAGGUACGUACAAUCACAUUUUUAUGUUAAUAAAAUUAAAAAUUAAUGAAUAAAACAUUUAUUUGCUUUAGAGUAACUGAUGUUAUGAUUAAACGUAUUUUCAAAUUUUGGCUUUGGAAUAAUUAUAUUUUUCGUCUUAGUCAAAGCGGAAGAGACUUUAAGAAAUCUCUUAAAAUUUUACACACAUUUACUGAAAACGUAAGAAUAAAGAAACAUUUUUACUAAUUAAAAUUAUAAUAUCUACAUAAAAAGUUAAAUAUAAUGAAGAAUAAAAACUAUAUUAAAUUAAUAGUAUCUCUUUUCAAUUUCAGGUUAUAAGAGAAAAACGAUAUAAACUUGAAACUGUUAAUUCUUUAACUACCGAAGAAAUAAGUAUUGGUAAUUUAUUUAUACUAAAUUUAAUAAGUAAGAGGUAGUAGGCAUAAAGUAAUUGCUAUAAACUAAUGCUAAGAUAAAAGAUUCUGAGCGAACUUCAAUUAUACAUGAUUUUAAAAUCGUUAUAAAAAAUCAAAAAACUUCUUUGAAUUAACUAAUUCCAGACUACAAUAAUAUACGUUACUUGUCAUUUUUCGAUUGUAGCAAUGUUUCUAGUAGAAAACAUAAAUUGUACAAAUUUAAAAUAAUGAAAUAAUGAAUGAUGGAAUUGUACUUAUUUUUCCUAAGUAUUAUAAAACCUACCUAAGACUAAAUAACGACCUAUUUUUUCAGCAACUAAAUCCAAACUGCUAAAAAAAGGCCUUUUGGAAUUUUUUGAUUGACGCAAUAUUUUUAGUAUAAAACGUAGUGCGUACAAAUUAAAACCAAUGAAAUCAGUAACACGGUAAAUAUUUGCCGUUUCCCUAUAAUUUUGUUUCUGGUUUUUUCCUAAUUAUUUUGAAACGAAUUAAAACGGUUAAACGAACACCAGUUUUUGAUUUUAAAAUGGUUAAAAGUUUCAUAUAAAGAUUGAGUAUAGGUUUAAAUACAUUUUUAUGUUAACAUUUUUGAUUUCCAUCAACCCUUUCACAAGAUAUUCCACUUUUAAGUUUAGAUAGGGGAAGAAUAGUAGAGCAAUAUUCAAACACUGCGCAUCUUAUAUUAUAUUAUUAAUGAUUUAGUUAUUAUGAACAAUAAUAUUGUAGACAUUCUCAAAAAGACUUAAAAGUAGAUAUUUUACCUGUAGACUACUAGUCCUGAAAACAAAAUGAGAAUGGUAAAAAGAUAAUUAUUAAUUUUUUCAUAUCAAUAGAAAUUCUGUAGUUCAAAUAUUUAAUAAAUACAUAUAUUUAAAAUGAUGGUUUAAUUGUUUUAUGAUUUGUUAUAAAUGAAAUUUUUGAUAUAUAUCUUGAUGGAUAAAUAGACAAAUAUAUAGUUAUAAUAAAUUUUAAAUGACAUUUUUAAGUAUAAUUAUAAUCCCAUUAUUAAAUAUUAAUAUGUUAUAUUAUCAUAUUAAUUAAAAAAGGUAUUGCACUAUUUAAAUACAAUUUAUUAUUAUAUUGAUUAUAAAUAAGUAUUAAUAAAUAAAUGAUUUGAAUGAUAAAUUAUUAUAGGAAAAAAACGAGUAGAAUCAUUUUUAGAUUUACUAAUUGGACUAUCAAAACAGAAUCCAGAAAUAAUGACCGACUUGGAUAUCAGAGAAGAAGUGGAUACUUUUCUUUUUGAGGGACAUGACACAUCAUCAACUGCUAUGACACUGGCUUUAAUACUUUUAGGAUUGCAUCAAGAUGUACAAGUAAAUAUUAUUUUAUGGUAGAAUUUUUAAAAACAUACCUACCUAUAUGUGUGUGAUGAAUUUGGAUUUUAGAAUUCUGUAAGGGAAGAAUUAUAUUCAAUAUUUGGUGAUAGUGAUAGAGAUGCUACAAUGGAAGACCUUAAAUCUAUGACGUAUUUAGAACGAGUAAUAAAAGAAACUUUAAGAUUAUACCCAAGUGUUCCAGGUGUUACUAGGACACUUAGACAGUGUCUUAACAUUAGUAAGUUGUUUACUAAAUUCAUUACUCAAUUAUAUAAGUAUAGAUAAAGGAAAAACUAUUUACUACAUCCCUACAUUUUUCAGGAUGUUUAAAUUAAUAAAUUUACUAAUUAUUUUAGGGGAAUAUAAAAUUCCAUCACAAACAGUAAUUGGUGUGAUUCCAUAUUUACUUCACCGUGAAGACAAAUUAUAUCCAAAUCCAUUAACUUUCAACCCAGAUAGAUUUUUACCAGAAAAUAGUUGCAAUAGGCAUCCUUAUGCUUAUAUACCAUUUAGUGCUGGUCCAAGAAAUUGUAUUGGUAAUUAUUAUUGAUUUAUAUUCAAUUAAAAAUAAAUUAAAACAGUUAAAUUAUUUAAUAAUUUCAUUAUUUCUAAUAGAAUUAAAUUAUUUUUUAGGACAAAAAUAUGCUAUGCAUCAAAUGAAAACUGUGAUAUCAACUGUUAUUAGACAAAUGCAAAUUGAAACAUUAGGAAGUCAAGAUGAUAUUAUAAUAGGUGCACAGUUGAUUUUAAGGCCAGAAUCAUUACCAGAUAUCAAAAUCAUCAAAAUACAAUAAUUGGUGUUGGUCAUUAAAAUUUAAAAUUGUUAAUGGUGAAAGCUUUCGUAAUAUCUAUAUAUUAUAAAGGUUUCCUACAGUGUUUUCCAAAUGCUAAUAAUUCUCCUAACAUUCAGUUUUCCUUCAAUCGUGUUUUGUGUCAGGGGGUACAAACGUAGAGAAAAAUUAAAUUCCUAUUUAAAUCUCUUAAUCACUGAAAAAAAAAAAAUAACUUUAGUUUAUAAACUAGUAAACAAUAGUUUAUUAGAAUUUGCUUAAUAUUACUUGAAAAGUGUGAAAAACGAGACUACCACAUUAUGUGAUAAAGAAUCAUAGUCGUAAUAAAAGAUAAAAAAUGUUGAAAUGUAAAUGGCUAUAACUAAACAACUAUUUAUCAGUUAUGAAUGAAUGAUGUAUUCAAAUUUUUAGAAUAAUAUAUUUUACAAAAUAAUUUUUUGUUUUCAUUGAUUAAGGGAUGAAAAAAGGAAAUUUAAUUUUUCUAUACAUUUGUCUUCCAAACACAAAACCCGAUUUUUUUUAAAAAACAUUAAUAUUGACAGUUAUUAGCAUUUGGAUAACAUUGUAGAAAACCCUGUACAUAUCAUUAGGUUUAGAAUAAAUGUAUAAAUUCAAUUUAAAUACACAAAUGGGGGGAAAAAAUCAAAAAUAUAGUUUUGUAUGAAAAUAAAGUAUACAAAUUAAAAUUUAAUUAUAUUUAAUUUUAUAGCAGCUAGAUGUUCUUUAUAAUGGGUAUUACCCAUUUACCUUAAUUAUUUAAGAAUUGUCCAGUAAAAAAGUAAACUAAUAACUAUUAUUACCUGAAUGGUGUUAACUACCAUGUUUGCUGACAAGUGAUUUGACUGUAUGUGCUAGUGUUCUUAACUUAAAAUUAGUAAUUUCAGAAAGAAAUUAAAUAAAAUAUAUAAAUAAUCAUAAAAAUAAAUAUAUAAAAGAUAUAAAUAAAUGUAGCAUAGAAAAAAAAAGAAAACUGGGGAAUUUAAAAAUUAGCCAACAAAUAUGAAUUUAAUUUAAGCUUAAUACAUACAGGUAUAGUAAAAAUUACUCUACAAAGUAAAUACUCAUUAAUAAUACCUGUCUAUGCUUAGAUUAUAACCAUAACAUCAUAACUACUGUGAUUUUAAAUUAUUAUUAGGAAUGUAUUAUUUUUCUUGUUAUAAAUUGUGAACUCUUAGGCCCCCACACAAAUCUGUUCAGUGGCGCCAAUUAUCUUUUCAAAGAAAAACACAAUAAUAAUAAUAACCAUAGAAAAAAUAUAUUCAUAUUUGAAAAGUUUAAAUUAUACAUGACUAUGUAAAACAUAAUUGAUGCUUUUUAACAUAAAUGAAACCUAUAUUUUAUUGAUAA